AGAAGGGCUGUACUUCCAGCCUCACACCUGAGAAUAGUUUGGUCACAGUGCUAUGGGUUUUAGCUCUGGAUUAGGGAAGGUGGACCUCUAAAUUAACAGAAUCAUAGGGAAGGUCAGGAUUAAAGCAUCUGGGAGUGGGGAUGUGUUUACUACUCUAGCUUUCCCAACUGGCUUCUCCACCCUUUCAUUGUCUUCCUGCUCAGACUUACUUUCAGUUCCCCUUAAUGAUCUUUGGGUGUGGUGUCUUGGGCUCUUUCUUGGCACCCCAAGUUUUGCCCCUCUGGUUUAGACACCACCACAUACAUUGAAAGAUCUACUGAGAGCCUGAAGGACACAAGUCAUUUUGAACCAUGAGAGGGGAUCAUCAUUGUGAUCAGCAGUCUGAUACCAUCAUUUACCUUUUUUUAUUUUGAAAAUGUGGCUGUUUACUCAUCUCUGGACUUCUAUCACUUCUCCCAUUUCUCAUCAUUCUUUCCUGACAAGAAACUUCAGUCAUCGAUAAAGAAUAUCUAUAGGUACAGGAAAAGGUAUUCUAAGUUUAUCAAUUUAGCCACUUUCCUCUUUACUGACCCUGAAGAUCCAGUAUUGGGGAAGAGAUGGCAGUGAAUACCAGACAGAGACUAGUCCAGUACUUAGGGGAAUUGAAGGAGGAGGAGCUGAAGACAUUCAGGCUGCUGCUGAAAAAUUAUCUUCUAGGGAAAGAAUUUUUAAAAAAAAAACAUCAGAACCAGCUAGAGAAAGCUGGUCAUACUAAAAUGGCCUCCAUUAUAGUCAAUAUCUUUGAUGACCAGAGAGUAUGGGAUGUUGUGAUGAGAAUCUGGGAGAAGAUGGAAUUGAAGGAGCUGUGUGAAAGAGCAAAGGCUGAAGAUCCUCUGAUGGGUAACAGAAGAAAAUAUAUAAACAGAAUGAGAGAGAAAUUCAGUCUUACUUGGGAUGGUAGCUCUUGUCUCAAAAACCUUGGAGACUUACACAAGGAAUUCACACCUCUUCUGCUUCUGUGUAAAUCCAGAGAACCAGAGAAUAUACCCAUGGAAAAUAAACAUAACUCAGUCAUGACAAAACAAGCACACAUCAUUGACAUAACAGCAUUAUUUGGGCCUGAUAAGAAACAUGUUCCACAGACUGUUGUGCUACAUGGUGCUCCUGGAAUUGGGAAAACAAUACUGACAAGAAAGAUAAUGCUAGACUGGGCACAGGGAGACCUCUUUCAGGACAGGUUUCAAAAUGUUUUUUACCUGAACUGCAGAACACUAAACCUUAUGUUAGAAAUGAGUUUAGCUGAUCUGAUUUCCAAAGAUUGGCCAGACUUCCAAGUACCCAUAGAGGCAAUUAUGUCCAAGCCAAAAGCACUCCUUUUCAUUAUUGAUGGUUUUGAGGAACUGAAGUGGCCCUUUGAGGAACCUAAAUCUGAACUAUGUCACCACUGGGAGGAAAAGCAUCCAGUGCCUAUACUCCUGGGCAGUUUACUAAGGAAAACAAUAUUUCCCAAGUCAUCCUUACUGAUCACUACACGGCCCUCAGCUAUGGGAAUGCUGAAGUUCUUACCAGACAAUCCACACUGUGUAGAGAUCCUGGGAUUUACUGAAGCUAAUAUUGAGACAUAUAUCUCUAAGUUUUUCAAAACUGAAGCUAAGGUGCUAAAAGCCCUCAGUGUGAUAAAAGCCAAUGAUUCUCUGCUGAAUAUGUGUUCUGUCCCCCUGGAGUGCUGGAUUGUCUGCACUUGCCUGAAACAGCACAUGGAAAGAGAAGAGCCCAUGUUGAUUCCCCAAACCACCACAGCUCUCUAUGUGUCUUAUCUUUCUUUUGGAUUAUCUAAUGAUGGGAGCUAUCCAAGUCAGCACCAUGACACCCAACUGAAAGGCCUGUGUUCUUUGGCUGCAGAGGAAUUCUGGGGUGGGAAGUCCACAUUUGAUGGAGAUGACCUUAAGAGACAUGGGUUAGAUGUAUCUGAUGACUCUGCUUUCCUGGGCAUGUACAUUCUUGAGAAAAAGAAUGACUAUAAAAACUGCUACAGUUUCAUUCACAGGAGAUUCCUGGAAUUUUUUGCUGCCAUGUUCUAUGUGCUGGAGGAAGAGAAGGAAAGAAGAGAUGAUCCUAUCUUUGGGAGGGAUAUAAAAGAGCUACUGAAACAGUAUAGAGAAUAUGGCACAGAGGUUUCCAUAGUGCGUUUCCUUUUUGGCCUCCUGAAUGAAAAGACUGUGAGAGAGCUGGAGAGAAAUUUCAUCUGCCCAAUGUCAGAAAGAGUGAAGGCAGAAUUACUACAAUGGAUGAUCGUAGAAAGCAAUACACAGAGGACUAUGAAUCCUCUAUUGUACUCAGAUCCUUUGAAAAUGUUUCACUGUUUAUACGAGAUUCAGAAGGAGGCACUGGUGAAGCAGGCAAUGGAAUAUUUCCCAAGAAUAAGAUUAUCUCUUCACACCCAGAAGGAUGUCCUUGUCUCUAUAUUCUGCAUUAAGUUAUGCUGUAGUGUGGAGAGAAUGUGGUUGCAUGUCAGUCAAACUUUGGCUCUGAUGUACAGUUCUCCUCUCAUCCUCAGUCAAUGGCAGGAGCUUAUCUCCAUACUCAGCAAUAAGCAAAGCCUGAAGGAACUGGAAAUAAGUGGCAGUUUCCUAGAUGACAGAUCAAUGAAGAUACUUUAUAAGGAGCUAAGACACCCUAACUGUAAACUGCAGACCCUGAGGCUCCCUCUCGCUGAAUUAAGCAAAGACAUGAAAAAAGAGCUUGAAGCCCUGCUGAAGAUAAAGCCUUCCAUAAAAAAUAUAGAGACAAUUCCUGAUGUUGACAUGAAAAAAGAGAAACGUCAUAAUUCUCCACAGGAGCAUCAGAGGUCCAGAACAGGAGAAGGAGCCCCACAAACAAAGCCAGAAGUGACUUCCUCACUACCCAAUUUUGACCCUUUAAAAGAUGAACAGUUAGAUCUGGAGAGGUGCCACAAUAAGUUCCUGGGACCAAAUGGACCAAUAAAUCUUGAACUGACAGAUAAGAACAGAAACAUAUACAGAGUUCAUUUACCUACGGCUGGCUUCUACCACUGGCCUGAUACUGGACUUGGUUUUUCUGUGAAAAGUGAGGUGACUGUUGACAUUGAAUUUGGUACCUGGAAUCGGCACCUGGAUUGGACUCAGAAGCAAAGCUGGAUGAUUGCUGGUCCUCUAUUUCACAUCAGAGUUGAUCCUGAGGUUGUGACUUCUGUGCAUCUCCCUCAUUUUGUAUAUCUCCAAGGAGGAAAAUUUGAUGUCUCCUUGUUCAAAAUUGCUCACUUUAAAGAAGAGGGUAUGGUCCUGGAGAAUCCAACAAGAGUGGAGUCAUCCCAUGCCAUCCUGGAAAACCCUAGCUUUUCUACCAUGGGAGUUCUGCUGAGAAUUAUGCAUUCUACCUUUAAAUUCAUUCCCAUUUAUUCCACUACUCUGGUAUACUGCCAUCUCAGGGCUGAAGACAUUACACUCCACCUGUAUCUGAUUCCCAGUGACUGUACAAUACGGAAGGCUAUAGAUGAAGAAGAAGCAAAGUUCCACUUUUUACGCUUGCAUAAGCCAUCUCCAGUAACCCCACUCUACAUUGGCUCUCGUUUCUUAGUAUCUGGAUCAAAACACUUGGAAAUAAUGCCUGCAGAACUAGAACUCUGUUACCAGAGUGCUGGGGAGUGUCAGUUUUUCUCUGAGAUUUACUCCAGCAAUGUGAAGGAGAAAAUCAGUUUGGAUCUGAGACAUCCAAAUGGGACACUGGUGUGGGAGACACUGGUGAGAUCAGGAGAUCUUGGACUUGCUUGUGCCCCAGUCUCUUCAGGUCCCACAGGACUUCACUUUGUUGACCAACACAGGGAUCAGAUAAUUUCUCGGGUAACAGCAGUGGACAUGAUCCUCGACAAACUUUACAGCCAGUUCCUCAGUAAUGAGGAGUAUGAGCACAUACGGGCAGAGAAAACUAACCCUGAUAAAAUGAGAAGACUGUUUAGUUUUAGCACAUCUUGGGAUAGGAAUUACAGAGAUCACUUGUAUGAGAUCCUAAAAGAGACACAUCCUCACCUAAUAAAUGAAAUACAGAAUACCGACAAGGCAGUAGUGAAAAAGCCACUGGGGGCCAAUAACAUUGCCAUUUCUCCUUAUAAGCUAAAUUAGGUUAAUGUCCAGUUACUGAGCAGCAGCUGAUGAAAAUUUUCACAAAGUUCAAAAAUUGACUAGAGUGAUGUAGAGCACAAGACUGUGGUUUAUGUUGAAAUUUAAUUAGAAACAUUAGUAUUUUCACAUUUUAAAUAAUCUAAAUUUUUCAGUAAGUCUGUAGCAUUUAUACAGAAGUUUUUAAAAUUUAAAACUGCACUAAAACGUUUGGGACAUUCUGUAUAUAAAGCAGAUACAAGACAACUUUGGAGAGGAAUACACUAGCAGUUGAGGAAGCAUGAAAAUUGUAAUGAGCUGAAUCUUAACGGUGAGAAGAGACAGCAAUUCAGGCAUGGGGUGGGGGACAUCCAGUGCAAAGGCAAGGAGGGUGACACAAUGUGUGGGGGAACAGCAAAUAGGCCACAUAGCUUAAUGUGAAGGGGAGCAAUACAUAAGAAGGGGAGCAUAUAUAAGGAUGUGGCCAGGUUGUGAAGACCUUUAAAUGCCAAAAUGAGGAUUUUAUAUUUGAUCCUAAAGGUAGUAGGGAUCUACUGGAGUUUAAGUACAGUGGCUGUCUGGUCAAACCUACAGUUUAUGAAAAUCAUUUUGCCUGCUGCAUGAAGAAUGAACUAGAUUGGGUAGAAAUGGGAAGCAGAAGCACUAGUAGGAAAACAUUUCAAUAGGUGAAAGGUGACAAGGGCUUUAACUAGGGUGAUAGGUGAGUAGAGUGAAGGGGACAUAUGUAAGAGAUUUUAUAGGGACAAAAAUGAAAUUUAACAAUCUAUUGGACAUGUGCAGUGAGAAAGAAGAGCCAAGAAUCAAACUAAAGUUAAGAAAUUGGGUAACUGGAAAGAUGGUCAGACCAUCAACAGUAAUAAGUUUAUUAAAAGCUUGAAUUUGAGGUGGGGAGAGGAGACAUAAUGAGUACUGUUUGUACAUGUUAAGUUUGAAAUGUCUACAGGAGAGCUAAUUCAAAAUGCAAAAUAAAGAGCAGUUGAUGCAGAAAUUCAUCUCUAUUGCAAAUGAUGCCUAAUAGAAUCCUUGGUCAUGUGACCAACAAGAUGGAAGACUAGACAUUUUCUGAUUCCCAUGAGUUCUUAAACCUCUCCAAAAGAGAAAGUAUAUGCCAAAGGUAAAACAACUUCAGCAGUCUCCAUGGUCUAUGAUACCCCAAACCCAAAAAGCUAAAAAAACAAAACAAAACCAUGAACUGGUGUCUACCCUGAACUCAGAAAGCACCCCUUUCCCUCAUUACUCACCAUACUACUGGCAGUGAGAAUGUACCAGUCAAUUCAAAGGCCUGACCCACAAACUUGCAAUAAAACCCAAACAUACACCCCAACUUCCCUCCCCCUUCCACAUGCCAUGGAGAAAAGAGCUCCAUGUUGCAGAAGUUUGCUUGAUGACCACUGUCAUGAUAGUGUUCUGUGCUGAAAAUGAUUUUUGCCAAAGAGUAGAGAAACAGUGGGUAAGGGACAGGACACAUCUCUAGACCUGAAAAACUGUUCAACUCCACACUCUUUCCUCCUUUCCUCCUAGAGCCUUAAGGACCCAAACUCCAAAUGACAGAAACAACUCUGGCUACAGUGAUGUCAAAGUGGCAGUGCUUAGAGCUGACAGGCUAGAGAAAUGAGAACAGAGAGAAAGGAAAAGGAGGGAGGGUCAUAGCAUUGGGUUGGGGGAGCUUAAGGCACUCCACUGAACCUUCCACUCAAAAGUUAGUAUGGGCAAAGACCUAGGCUGGUGAACUGUGACUGCCCACUGUGGAAGGAGGCUGAGAUGCUUUGAAAUACAUUCCUCAGGGAAACCAACAUUGGAGGGAGGGAGUCAGAAAGUAACUAAUAGGGAGGUGGUAGGGAUAUUAACAAAGAAAUCAAGAAGAAACAAAAGCCUUGAUUAUAAGCAGAUAAAUCAACAAGGAAAACCUUAGAAGGAAAUAUGGCUUCCAGAUCUAGCAAACAAGUUUAAGUAUCUAUGAAUAAAUAUUCAAAACAAAGCAAACUAAGAUAACAUUUAAUGAGGCAGAAGACCCUGUGAAAUUUGGGGGAACAUGGAAGUACAAAACAUUGCUCCUGAAUGAUUUAAAAGAAAAUUGAGAAUUAUGACAGCAGAAUUUAUGGCCUGUACAGCAAAAAUAAUUGGCAGAAUAGAAACACUGGAAUCUGUAAGGGCAAGUCACAAAGAAAUAAAAGAGAGAAUAAUAGAUUCGGAAUUAAAAUGCACAGAAGUUAACCACAAUCUAGAAGUAGAGAAGCAAAAAAUGAUAAUAUAGAAAGAAAAUAUGUUCUCUAUCCAAACAAAACGUAAUGAUCUCAAAGACAGGAUAUACAGAGACAACUUAAGGUUGAGUCUACUGGAAGAAGAUAAGGCAAAAAACCUAAACAUGAUAAUGCAAGAAAUACAAGAAAACUGCUCAGGUCUUAACACAGAAAAUAAAAUACCAACUGAAAGAAUUAAUAGAUUUCCUCCCAAAACAAAACAAAACAAAAAACUCAUGGCUGCAAAUUCCAAGAUAUACAGUGGUUAAAUUUAACAAUUCAAUUCAGAAACAAGUUCCACAAGUAACCAGGAGAAAGACCUUCAAAUUCAAAGGAAAAGAAAUUCAAUACACAAGACUAUUUUGAACCCACUAGAAAAUGCAGAAAGGAAUGGAAUAGUGUAUUCUGAAAAGCAAUUUGCAAAUCUAAGAUUGACCGCAUAGGAAAAAAAAGAUAGAUGUUUAAUAAUAAAGAGAUGUUUGAAACAUUCUUAGAAAGAAAAUGAGACUUGAUAUGAAGUCUAACAUAUUUUGAAAAUGCAUAUCCAUAUGAAUGUAAACCUCAGUUAACGUUUAAAGUUUCUUCCCUUCCUGUGGAUUUAGGGUAUGGCUUAUAAAAGACCAUCAGAAUUAUGGAAAUGCACAGACUUUGAGAGUGGUAAAGGACUUCCAGGUCACUUAGUUCAAACUUCAAUGCAGGGAUAAAUCUACUUGUAGCAUUUGGGGCACCCUCUUCUCAUAAGUGGGGACCCAGAAAUAUUUGUUUUAAAACAUUUUCACUGUGGGUUGAUAUUCAUUAAACACACACACACACACACA